AUGGCUUUCAAGCACGGGCUGAGUGAACGCCUCGACGAGCUGCGAUUCCCAACCCCACGAUCCCCGCCCUCGGAGUCUGCGUUCCCUGGGUACACUUCUCUUUCCCCGGGCCAUUCAAACUUUGGAUCGGGGUUCUCGUCUCGGCCAGCCGGUGAUGUUCGAGCAAAUCUGCAACGUCGGUUCACCACCGAUUCGAGCAAGUUUUCGUCAUGGAAUUAUUUGAAUCCAAGCUCAGGGUCGGCUUCUAGCUCUGGCUCGAGCCAGAUGCAAGACCCGCUAGAUUUGUUGUCUUCGUUCGAGAAGAAGAGACAGCACAUUGAAUACAUGCGUGAACAGAAACGCCGCUUCGAAGAGGACAUGAAGAUCCUGGACCUUCAGCACGCUCGGGAGAAACUCGAGAUGGAUCAACUCGCUCGGGACUUGGCUCAGGCUGGUAUCUCUGGCCCAGUCAGUGAGCCCACUACCCCGCCUGAGUAUCGUGAUACUGCCGUGUCGAGUGCCUUUAGCCGCCCUGCUCGUUUCUCAACGUCGAGUGUGACAUCUUCUCCCGGCUUCUUCAACGCCUUUGCGCCCUCGACCUUGACCUCGCCCCAGGCCGUUUCACAGCCCCUCCAGCACUCAAUUGACCGCUUUGCUGGACACUCUGUCCCCGGAUCGCGCCGCAACUCCGAGAAGGACGAUUUCCUCGCUGACGCGACAUCUCCAUUCCGCUCAGGCCCCUCGGCUGCCCAUCGAUACUCGCUUCCUUCUGGCAACCAGAAUGGUCACGUUCACCGAUCCAGUAUCUCUGGUUUGAACGGAUCUCGCCUUGAUACUUUCAAUGUCCCCAAGUAUCUUUUCCCCAGCGAUGAGGACAAGUCCAAUGGCCAUCUGAGUGAGCUCGAACGCUUGUCGACUCCUGAUAUCAAGAGCUAUAUCAAGUUGACCGAGCCGGAUGACAAGUUCCCAACCCUGUCUCGCCGUGGAGACUCUGUGUUGUCAGCAAACCCUGACGCUCACGACCUUGCCAACCCUCGUGUUUCAGGCGCCGAAAUUUAUUCCAACCACAGCCGUCACCGGUCCUCCCACCAAAGCAUGCCGCAGAACAUCCAUAACUUUGGGCGUUUGGAUCAACUGGGAAGCCAGAACAACGAGGAUCACGCUAAUUCAGCCAAUAACACCCGCCACAGCGCUCGUCGUUCCAUGGGAAGCCAGAUCUCAUUCCACGAUGAUCGCCAUGAGGAGACCGCUACUCCUGUUCCUUCAAGCCGCCCCACCGCCCUGCAAUCUUCGUUCUCGACUAACGAUUUGCCAACCGUGAAGGGAAAUGGACCUGGAAACGCCAUCACUCCUCCAAAGACCCACAAUGAGCAUGUACACCAUCACAAUGCAAGCGUUGGGCGCAUUCCCCAGGGUAGUGUGAACAAUCAUCAGUCCAAGACCGAGUAUGAUGAGAAUGAGUUCCAUGGUAACCAGUCGACCUUGCAUGCGAGUGCCCCACCAUUCGGACCUCAAGCUAAUUCUGCUGCGUCCACCAACAACGUAUCUGGCUCGCAUGUCCAAAUGGGUCUGCCAUUCGGAGUUCCUGCCGUCCCUGCCGUCCCUGCCUUCAACUACGGUAUUCAGCCCUAUGUCGGCCAAGCGGCUCCAAUCAAUGGCCACAUGCAAAACUUCGGACCGACUGCCGCUUAUGGUGCCUAUCCCAAUUAUGGUCCUGGCUUCCGCUUCAACGAACCCACAGGUCGGGGCAAUAUGGCUCAGCGACGCCAAGAGAACGAGGCGAACCAGCUUACUCGUUUCGGCAACUUCCCCUUGGAGCACUACAAAGGUGAACUCUACAGUUUGUGCAAGGAUCAGCAUGGCUGCCGAUACUUGCAGCGCAAGUUGGAGGAGCGUAACCCGGAGCAUGUGCAGCUGAUCUUUAGUGAAACUUACAUGCAUGUGAUUGAGUUGAUGACCGAUCCCUUCGGCAACUAUCUCUGCCAGAAGUUACUUGAAUACUCGAACGACGAGCAACGCACUGCUUUGAUUGACAAUGCCGCUCCUCAAUUGGUUAAGAUUGCUCUCAAUCAGCAUGGAACACGUGCAUUGCAGAAGAUGAUUGAGUUCAUCUCGACCCCCCAACAGACUCAGACUGUUAUCAAUGCACUCCAGCAUCAUGUUGUUGAUCUGGUGCAGGACCUCAAUGGCAAUCACGUCAUCCAGAAAUGUCUCAACCGCCUGACUUCCGAGGAUGCUGAGUUCAUUUAUGAGGCUGUUGGAGGCAAUUGCGUGGUUGUUGGUACUCAUCGCCAUGGAUGCUGUGUGCUUCAACGUUGCAUUGAUCAUGCCUCCGGUCACCAGAAGGCCCGUCUCAUUGCGCAGAUUACCUCUCACUCGUUUGCCCUGGUCCAGGAUCCCUUCGGAAAUUAUGUUGUGCAAUACAUUCUGGACCUCGCAGAGCCCAGCUUCACCAAUCCCCUUUGUGCCACCUUCGGGGGCAACAUCCCUCAAUUGUCGAAGCAGAAGUUCAGCUCUAAUGUGAUCGAGAAAUGCCUCCGCACUGCUGAUAACUACAUGAAGCGUGAGAUGAUUGAAGAAUUCCUCAUGGGCAACGAGCUUGAAAAAAUGUUGCGUGAUUCCUUUGCGAACUAUGUUGUUCAAACUGCGAUGGACUUCUGUGACCUCGAGACCCGCAACCGCAUUGUUGAGGCUGUUCGUCCGAUUCUUCCAUCUAUUCGUCAGACUCCGCAUGGUCGUCGCAUUGCUGGCAAGAUCAUGGCUGCCGAUACCAACACCCGCAGCAACGGUAGCAGCACUGCUACUAGCGGCCAGGUCACCCCUAAUGAGAUGGGCAACACUGCACAGAUCCCCAAGACCCUGUUGCAGAAGCCAUUCAUGUAUCAGCAGCCAGGUGUUCAAUCCCCGACCUCAACCAGUGGAUACAGCAGCCAGGCCUAUGCGCCCCACUCCUCCCAGAGCUCUGUUUCCAACACCCCUUCGGGACAGAGCGAUAGCUCGUCUGUUUAUACCGCCCCUACUCAGUUGUCUAUGAAGGUUGGGCAGCAGCAAAUCCCGAACUACUUCUGA